AACAGAGCGCGUCUGCUGUCCGUGAAGUAGGGGAGCUGUGAUUGACUGGGGAUCAGCAUACAGCGCCUCACUCUGUCUGGGUGACCCGCAAAACCUAUUAUAACAACACCCGAAAUAUCCAAUGCUCCCCAACUGGGUAGCUGCCUGACCCCUCCCCCCCCUCCACCAAGAGCCCUUGCCCACCGCUCCCCCUCUAACACUGGUACCCGUCCUCGCAGGGCUUCAUCUGCUGCUUAGUCCGUAUCGCUGUCUAGCAGUCAUGUCACUGCGCACACUGCCCCUGCUCUUUGUUAACCUGGGGGGAGAGAUGCUCUAUAUUUUGGACCAGAGGCUGACAGCCCAGAACAUCCCCCCGGAAAAAGCCAGGAAAGUUAUGACUGACAUCAUUAACACUAUGUUCAACAAGGCGUUUAUGGAAGAACUGUUUAAGCCACAGGAGCUGUACUCCAAGAAGGCCCUAAGAACAGUGUUUGACCGUCUGGCCCAUGCUUCUAUCAUGAGACUGAAUCAAGCAAGCAUGGACAAGCUCUAUGACCUGAUGACCAUGGCAUUUAAAUACCAGGUACUGCUGUGUCCUCGCCCUAAAGAUAUUCUACUUGUCACGUUCAAUCACAUGGAUGCCAUCAAGGAAUUCAUUAGAGAAUCACCAAGUAUCCUUAACCAAGUGGAUGAGACAUUCCGUCAACUUAUUGACACCUAUAAUUCUAUACCAGCUGGAGAAUUUCAGUUAAUCAGGCAAACCUUGCUUAUCUUCUUCCAAGACAUGCACAUUAGGGUUUCUAUAUUCUUGAAGGAUAAGGUCCAGAAUUCCAAUGGACGUUUUGUGCUCCCCACGUCUGGUCCGGUCCCUUGGGGCACUGAAGUGCCUGGUCUUAUAAGGAUCUACAAUUUCAAAGGAGAAGAGACUAAAAGAGUGGAGUUCCAACAUGGUGGCAGUUAUGUCCGUCCUCUCCAAGAAGGAUCAUUCGAACUGUUUGGAGACAGAGUUCUUACACUGGGAAAAAACAUUUACACUGCAAGCCGAUCUGUGGAGACCAACAUGUCAGGAACAAUGAAAAGUUCAACAUCGCACACUAAGGAAAAUAUAGUGCCAAAUCCAAUGGCCAAGGAAGAGCUAAAUCUUUUAGCAAAACUUAUGGGAGGCUUGGAACUGAAGAAACCACCUACUAGUGACUACAGCUUCCGACUGAACCUAUUUACUAAUGACGAAGAAGAAGAGCAUGCAGCGCUUACAAGGCCAGAAGAGCUGUCCUACCAAGUAAUCAGCAUAAAGGCCAGCGAAGACCAGGACAGGAAUAAGGAACUUUCUAGAAUCAUGGGAGAAUUUCAGUCAGCAGAAUCAUGUAUACAAAGUACUAGCAAAGGAGAAGAUCUGUUAGCCAUGAUGGAUGGGCUUUGAGGAUUAUGUUGUUACUGUAUUCACUCAAAAAGGAUGUCCCUAAAAAUAUUUAAAGAACUUUACAAUCCACUUAAAGAAGAGAACUGUGGCAAAAUAAAAUCAUUACCAUUGGUAUGUUUUUGUGAGGAGUUAAAGCAUAUUAAUGGCACAUGUAGCUGUUACUCAUGGCAUAUUUAAGUGGCUGAAUCUUGAUUAGGUGGCUGGUUCACUAAUACCACAUUUUUAGUAGUUUAGAAAUCUAUUUCUAAAGAAAGAUGCACCACAAUUAAUAUUUAGUGAGUGGUUAGUAUUAAAAAAGUGUUAUUUCAAAUUAUUGCUGAAAUAUAAGCUUGCACCUUUGUUGACUGACACCAGACGAUGAAGCAAUAUAGUUCUUCUGCCCAUCUAGAAAACCCACCCAACUUGGGGUGUGCAGUGUGCACACUGUUUAAAUUCCCACCUCCCCUGACAGAUGCCUUCUGAGCUUAUAUGAAAUAGCCUGAUUAUCCAUUGCACAGUCCA